GGUGGUAAAUGUAUGCAGCAGCCCUCAAUAUCUAUAACACCGCUGCCGCGCCAGCCGCUGCCCGUCCUACCUCAGCCGGCGCACCAGAACAAGGGCUCGUUCGUCAUCUGCGAGAUCUGUGAUGGCUACAUAAAAGACCUGGAGCAGCUCCGCAACCACAUGCAGUGGAUACACAAGGUCAAGAUACAUCCCAAGAUUAUAUAUAACAGGCCACCGUUGAACUGUCAGAAGUGUCAGUGCAGGUUCUUCACAGAUCAAGGUCUUGAGAGACAUCUUUUGGGUUCACACGGUCUUGUCACCAGCUCUAUGCAGGAAGCCGCCAACAAGGGUAAAGACGCCGGAAGAUGUCCAGUGUGUGGAAGGGUGUACCAAUGGAAGUUGCUCAACCAUGUUGCUCGGGAUCACAAUCUGACAUUAAAGCCGGCACAUUUAUCCUACAAAUGUACAGUUUGUACCGCCACCUUUGGUAUGUACAAGCAAUUCGAGAGUCACGUGUAUUCAGCACACAGUGUGGUAGCCAAGCGUGUCAUGGAUAAAAGCAAGAUUCCCCCGGCGAAACCCACCAAUGACUCAUUGCUCAAGCCACUCAAGAUCAACGAUGAAAUUACAAUCAUACCACAGUCAGCUAAACCCGCCUCCGCUGCUAAACAAAAAUAAGGAUCGGUGGUGGUACAUCGUGACAGCUGGCAGAGACACUAAGGGUACAUUCCCAAAAUUAUUUGUUCCAUCUAA